GUGGGCACAGGUGGGUGGCACUGGUGGGCACAGGUGGGUGGCACUGGUGGGCACAGGUGGGUGGCACUGCUGGGCACAUGUAGGUGGCACUUCUGGGCACAGGUGGGUGCACUGCUGGGCACAGGUGGGGGCACUGCUGGGAACGGGUGGGCGGGGCUAGUGGGUGCACUGCUGGGCGGAACUUGCGGGUGUCACUGCUGGGCACCGAUCAUCAGGGCACUGAUCAUCAGUGCCCUGAUGAUCGGUGCCGAUUCCCGCUCUGACAACUGCCGGUUCUCGGCAGUACUUUCCUCACGAUCUGACAGCGUGAGGAAAGUGCAGCCGAGAACCGGCACUUGC